AUGGCGCCUCGACAAGAGGCGGCACCUUUUGUGCCAUUAAGUCCGACCAUCAACAUACCCCUGUUGGUUUCCAGUACACCGAAUUUCAAAUCCGUACAAAGAAUCGAUGCUCGUCGAAUAAACCCUACCAGUAUCGAAUCCUUACAGGCUAUGAUUCAUGAACAUGUGGUUCUUAGAGGGAUACCGAUUGUUAUUGAAAAUUGGCAUUUGAGGAGUGACUGGCCGAAAUGGAUGUUUUCGGUGGAUUGGUUAAAGUCGAACCAUGGUGCUGAUCAGGUUAACGUCAGAGACAUACCGAACAAGACCGAAAUUCCUAUGACGCUGGGUCAUUACUUAAACAACUUAGCGAAAUUAACUUCUAAGUUCACACCGAGCAACUACGAUGGCCGACAACAGAGACUAUACGGAAAAGAUCUUGAUUGUCCACCAGUUUGGAGAUCUGGACUUGCGAAUAUUAUCCCAGAAUCCACGUUCUACCUAUCCACCCGUGCCGACCUUAUGUCUUCCCUACCAAAAGAAGCUCGAGCCGAGAAUAUGAUGUGCUACGUCGGACAUGAGGGCACAUACACACCUGCGCAUAUGGAAAUGUGCGCUACUCUUGGUCAGAAUAUCAUGGUUGCAGCCUCCCAGGAAGGUCCAAAUAGUGAGAAGGGAAGCAGUUUAUGGUUUAUGACACAAAUGGCCGACAGGGAUGCGGUUGCGGAGUAUUGGACUGGUACGCUAGGUCAUGAUCUUUCGAUCGAAGCGCAUUUCGCCAGCAUAGAGGAUCUACGGGCUGCGCCAUUCACGGUAUUUGUUUUGGAACAGAAAGUAGGAGACUACGUGCUUGUUCCUCCUCUGGCGCCCCAUCAGGUCUGGAACAGAGGGACGACCACUGUUAAGGCUGCAUGGAACAGGGUAACUGUGGAUACUUUAGAGCACGCUCUUCGAGAAGCGCUGCCGAAAAUUCGCUUGGUCUGUCGGGAUGAGCAGUAUAAAACCAAAGCGAUCGUAUAUGAUACCCUCAAGAACUAUACCAAAGCUUUGACGAGAAAUGACGAAGCUGAGUUGAAGCUAUUUCCACCUACUAUAAAAGAUGAUUUCAUUAGGCUUUACAACCUCUUCACAAGCAUCUUGAUGAAUGAGUGCUUCUCGCCGUUAUUGCCGAAGGAAAAGAAGGUCGACGUGAUUCCGAACGAGUAUAACAUCACUUGUUCAUUUUGUCGAGGUAAUAUUUUCAAUCGGUUCCUCUCGUGCAAGCGCUGUCCUCCAUCCAUGCAGGAACUUGAGGAUGACCCUUACGAUAUUUGCAUGGAGUGCUACGCUAGGGGGAGAAGUUGCUUUUGUGUUAGCGGGCUUUCGUGGGUCGAACAGCACCCCUGGGUUGAUCUUCUUACAAAUCACGAGAAGUUCAGGGAAAUGGUGAUUAGAAUCUUGAUAGAGAAAGAGAAAGAAACCGAAGUGCCCGAACAAAUUGCCGAGCCACCACGGUUCCCUGACGCUCUUGCGAAUAUGAGCAAGGAGAGGAAGGGUUUGGCACGAGUUUGUCAAGAAGCCCUCCAAACGAGGCCCUAUCUUGAUCCAAAUACUAUUGAUGAACUAGACGAUGAGAAGGAGAUAGCUAAAAAGAAGAGGGAGGGGAAACUGCUCAAUUGUCACACGUGUGGUUAUCGACACCCAAACUGGAAGGCAAUGCUAUGCACAAACAAGGACUGCGGCAAGGCCUACUGUUUUGGAAACCUGUGGCGAGCGUAUGAUAUGGACCCUUUCGAUGAUUGUUUGGCAAAACACCAUUGGAAGUGUCCCGUAUGCUUAGGCUUCUGCGCCUGUGGCAGAUGUCGUAGGAGACCAAAUUAUACCCCGUACACUCCUAAAGGCACGAUUUUAGGUGCUACUACGAAGCAUGUUGCCGACGUUCGGAGUAUAGAAAGUUUAGUGGACUUCAGUAAAGGGAAUGUUGGGUGGUUGCAAAAUGGUGUAAGCGGCGGUAAGCCUUCGCAAGAUGAUGGGCAUGGCGAGAAUGGCGAUGCUAUGUCGAAAUGGGGCCCUACGUUUGGAGCUACGGAUGGUGCGGAACCAGACACAGCUGAUCAAGGGGAGGACCCUGUGUUCCCUGCGGAAUUCAAUGAUCGUAAUAUUGUUGCCACGCCUGCUGGGUAUAAAGCACACUUCAGCGCAGCCGGUCUCGAUGUUGCUUCGAUUCCUAUUGAUCCCGCGCUUAGGAUUUCCAGUUAUAUGGAUUCCUUCAGCUCCUCUAACAGAGAGCAAAACGGAGAUUAUCUUAGGCAAUUUGAGAAUCCUCCUGAUAUUCCAAUUUCCCCUCGGAGAUUUAGUAGACCAGAGCGCUCUGGUAUCACCCCUCUACAUAGUGACGGUAUUGAGUCCGCGCAACGACAUGAAGUCCAUGAACCCAACAUUAACCCUGCACUCAUCGACGGCUCGGCGUCUGCGCAAGAAUAUGGGCACCAAAAUAAUGGAGCACACGAAUACCAAUCAUGGGGAGGGCAGCCCCAAGAUGCCCCAACACCAGGUCUUUCAAUAUUGGAGAAAGACCCGCUAGCAUUUCUUGCGGCCGCCGGUUUGCGACAUUCUCAACAGCAAGAACAGGGGCUGGAUGAUUACGGUAACCCUUAUCAUGACUCGUACCACCACUAUGGAGAGCAAGUAAUUCAUCCAACUGAAACAUUUGGUGGAUCCGAUGAUGAACAAGACGCACCGAGUGAGCCUUACGGCCUGACAGGAGUAUUCCAUCAUUAUCAACCUGACAUUGACCCGUCCUUAGAGGGGGAGAAAGGGAAGGGUAAAUCCAAAAAGCAAAGCUUAAGUAAGAAAGAACGAAGAGAGAGGGUACAGGGAGACCUUGAAUAUGAAACGGUCGAAAAGGGAACAGUCGCGGAUUGGGUUCUUGAUAGAACUAAAAAGGGAAAGAAGAGAAAGGGAACACUUAUAGUGAGGCUGAAGAUCUCUCCGGAGGCUUGGAGACGGCAUGAUUCCAAAAUCGCUAAAGAGAAGGAGGAGAAGGCGCAAAAGUUGGCUGCGAAACUUGGUUUCGACGAUGUUGGAACAGAUUUGACGCCCGAUCCGAAACGGCGGCGUAUAGAUGGGGUAGCGGGUUCGCCUGCCUCUAAGAAGAAAGGAGGACGACCGCCAGGGUCACGCAAGAUUUACGCUGAUCUUUCGGGGGAUGAGGCGGAUGGCCGACGGCUGAAUGAAUUGCUAAGUGACGAGGAACAAGAGGUUAUGCCGAAGAAGUCUAGGAGAAGUACUCGAACCGGAGAGCUGGUGGACGGCCUCACGUUCGAACCAACUCGGAAAACACCUCUGAGUAAAUCGUCACGGCUGAAGGGAAGCACCUUGACGCCAUUAUCCUCCAAUUCGAGGAAUAAAGCUAUCCACUCGCCUGUCGCUUCUGACGGCGAUGACGACGAUGACGGUUCUGUUGAUGCAGGCCCCGCUCUCAUGGGUACUGCAGCUUCGCAGAAACAACCCGCAAAGAGCGGAGCUGAAUUAUUAGGGUAUAACCAAGCGGAAAUUGACAAGGCCCUGCGUGAUGCGAAGCGUAUGGCCCUCGCAGCGGCAGAAGGACGAAGUCCCCCUCCACUGUCGGUUUAUAGCUCGGAAGCUCAGAGCCGCGCGGGAAGCGAGGAUGAGGAUGAACCCGAAUCUGAGCCCCCGUUCCAGGUUGCUAUUGGGCUGAGAAAACCAGAAAGAAAUGAGAGUGCGUCCGAAGAUGAAGGUUCGAUGUCACCAGUUGUUGGAGAUAUUCGCAUUCCGCCUGCAGCGCGAAACAUUGUUCCCAAAACACCAACUGGCCCAAACCGCAAGCCUGGGCCCCGACCUUCUAGACCGCUCUCUAAGCGUGGCCGUCCAGGCCGCCCUAAGAAAGCAGAUGGCGACUAUGUUGCACCUAGAACAGCUAAGGCUUCAUCCGGUAAUGGGUUUACGCCGAUCAACAAUCGGACACCAGCGGCUCCUGUAGGCUCUGCCAAACGAGGGCGUCCUCGAAGAGAUUCUGCCGCCAAUGGAAAUGCUUCGCCCGAUGUUAAUUCGACCCCUGCUGCUUCCCCACCUGCGAAACGUCCUCGACGAGAGCCAGGUACCCUAAACGAACCGACACCUGUCGAUACUACCCCUAAGGGUCGUGGUCGGCCAAGAAAGAGCCUAUUGACACCGACGGAGCCCGUGGCUAGGGCUGCGUCACCGGCUCCUUCGCCUGCGAAGGCUUCGUCAACUAAGAAUUCGACUCCAAAGAAAAAACCUGGCCGGCCCACACGAUCUUCUCUUAGUGGAAUCGAUACUACCGCAUUGAAAUCUGCCAAAUCAACCCCAUUUGUACCAAUCUUUAAUCCCGCAGGGUUAGACGCAUCUAGGAGCCGCAAUGUUAUAGAAUUGAUGAGGCACUCCCCACCUCCUGCUGGAGACGAUGAGGAUGACGACUGGCUUUAA